AUGGAACUUGUUAGGGUUAAGGAUUCAAUCGAAAGUAACAACGUGGUUCUCUGUAAAACCAUCCGCCGAAAUCAUCUCGAUACGGUGGAAUUUUGGGAACCCAAUUGGUUUUACUUCAACAAUGAGACCGGCCAAGAACAAUUUAUCAAUCGAACUAACCCUCCUAAAGGAUUUCAAGUAGAAAACACAGCGUUCAAAAUGAGUUCAGGCAACCAUUAUGGUGGAACAUUUUGGUUCGGAUUGUACGAGAGUCACUUGCAACUGCCAAGAAUAGGCCUCAAUACACAAACGCACAUUCAAUGCAGAAUCAAUGCCAGUGGUCGAAUCAUGUCUAAAUCCGUUUCUUUUACAGUUCAAGAAGAAAGCAUCGAUCCAGUGGAUGUCAAAUUGGAAAGAGGAAUAGCUCAAAAUUUGAUUUGCCACCGAUUCGCUGAUGACGUCCAAAUCCAAUGGUUCAAGGACGACAAAGAAUAUUCGGGAUUAAUCUAUACGAACGGUAGUUUAUCUAUUUUACCACUAAACGGAAGAGAUGGACAAAAAGGACGUUAUUCUUGUCGCUGGAACAACAGCCGAGGGGAAAAGAGAUUUCGAAAUUUCAGUUUUCCUGACGAACCUCAAUCAAACGGUGUUGUCAUUUUCGUCUGCGUAUCUGUCGUGACGUUAAUUGUAACUGGAAUAGCAAUCAAGCAAUACGUCGACAAGAGAAAUCUGGAAACAGAAAUUCAGGAAAGAUUGGAUGGCAAUCCUGAUGGUAUUGAUCCAAAUUUGCCAAUCGACUAUCAAACUGAAUUUCUACCUUACGACAAACGCUGUGAAUUUCCAAAAAAUCGCCUCAGACUUGGAAAACAACUGGGAAAAGGAUGUUUCGGAGAAGUCUAUAAAGCGGAAGCUGUCGGACUCAAAGGAUCGGAUGAAAAUGUGACAACCGUGGCCGUCAAAAAGGUCCUAUCGACAUCGCAAUUUCAAAUGAAAUCAAAGACGGCCGCCUUAGACGCUCUCAUUGGAGAAUUGAAAAUUCUAAAUUUUUUAGGAUCGCAUUUAAAUCUCGUCAAUUUACUGGGGGCCUGCACCAAAGACAUCAUCAAAGGCGAACUCUUGGUGAUUAUCGAUUAUUGCCCCUUUGGCAAUUUGCAAUCGUAUUUGAUUAAACAACGCAAUACAUUUGUCAUCCAAUUGGACGAGUUUGGUGACCUUCAACUGUCAAAUGAUUUCGUGGAAAUUGACGAGACUCACAGUGACUCUUGUACAGAGUCAAAGUCUGGACCCUCAGAUUAUUAUGGAUCUCAAGCAAUUUUGACAAUCAACGAUUCACUUUCUGUCGAAGCCAUUUGGAAAUCUGAAAAUUCAGACGCUAUCACCACUGGACCCAUUUCUACUUGGAAUUUAAUCAGCUUUUCUUUACAAAUAGCCAAGGGGAUGGAAUUUAUUGCGAGCAAAAAGGUUCUCCAUGGCGAUUUAGCGGCUCGCAAUGUCCUUUUAGCCAACCACGGAAUUGUCAAAAUUGCAGAUUUUGGAAUGGCAAGACAAAUGAAAAAUUACAUUUACGAAAUGAAAGGACAGGGAUUAUUACCAAUUAAAUGGAUGGCUAUUGAAUCACUGACGGAUCACAUAUUUUCCAGUAAGUCCGAUGUCUGGUCUUACGGCAUUGUUCUAUGGGAAAUCUUUGCCCUGGGAAAAAUUCCUUACCCAGGUAUGAACGGCCUUAUACUCGUCAAAAAUAUUCAAGAAGGACUACGAAUGGAUAAACCAGAUUACGCGCCAAAUUUCUUUGGAGAAAUGAUGAAAAGUUGUUGGAACAAAGAACCAAACGAACGACCAACGUUUCAACAGCUGGCCAACACGAUCGAGAAGUACAUGGAGCCAUUCGUUAGCUCUGGCUACUUGGAUACAACUUUCAUGGAAAACAAUGCCAACUAAGACGUUGAUGACUCUUCCCUUGGAAUGAUUUGCAACGAAAUUUCAAGGACAAGAAACA